AUGACUCCUGUUCGGAGGGCCAGGCCACUCACGAUUCUGGUAGCAGGUGCUGGGAUUGGAGGAUUGACAGCAGCGAUUGCACUUCGACAGCAAGGUCACGUCGUCAAGAUAUUCGAACAAUCACAGUUCGCCGCUGAGUUGGGUGCAGCAAUCCAUUUGGCCCCCAACAGCAAUGGCAUCCUGCGUAGACUGGGCAUAUACGCAGAAAACUUUGGCUCUAACCCCUGCUGCAAGUUCACCGAGCUCGAUGGACAAGGCAAAGUGAUCAGAAGCAUGGACGUGCGAGAGUCGAAUAAGCUGUGGCAGCAUCCAUGGCAUUUGGCCCACCGAGUGCAUCUUCACGAUGCGCUGAAGAAAGCGGCCACAUCUGCAGAAGGGAAAGGAAGGCCUGCCGAAUUACAUACCAGGAGCAAGAUCAAAGCCGUGGAUGAAGCACAAGGAACGCUCAUGCUCGACAAUGGCCAGAUUGUAGAGGGCGAUGUUGUCGUGGGCGCAGACGGAGUUCACUCGGUAACACGUACACGCAUUGCUCCUGACACCAAGCCGUUUGGAUGUGGGAAAAGCGCCUUUCGUUUCCUCAUCGCACGAAGCCAGAUUGAAGACGACCCUUUGACCUCACCACUCGUGGGAGAAGAGGGCGAGCUUAAGAUCUGGUACGAAUCCGAUCGACGUAUUGUCAUGUACCCGACCUCAAACAAUCAGCUCUUCAACUUCGUCUGCAUACACCCAGCCACGGAAUCCAACACGAGCGCAGAUUGGAAUCAAGGAGCGAGUAUGGAGACGAUACAGAAAGUCUACUCAUCAUUCGAACCUGGUGUUGAAGCUCUCCUACGCAAGGCCGAUCCAGACACGUUGAAAGUGUGGAGCUUGCUGGAUAUGGACGAGAUUCCAGUGUGGAACAAGGAUAGGCUGGCGUUGUUGGGAGAUGCAGCACAUCCGUUUCUACCACAUCAAGGGCAAGGUGCUGGAACGGCCAUUGAAGAUGGCGCGGCAUUGGCGACAGUCUUGCCACUGGGGACGAAGAGAGAAGAAGUUGCGGAGAGAUUGCGACUCUACGAUGAGAUUCGGCAUGAGCGAGCGACGAAGAUUCAGACGUACUCGAGGAUAAUUGGUGGCGAUGACUUGAUGAAGAAGAAGGAUCUUGACAUGAUCAAGUUCACGAACUACAAUUUCGGCCAUGACGAGUUCGACCAUGCUUCGCAGAGGUUUCGUGAGUAUCAAUGGUCUUUGGUGCCAAACAAGUACUGGCGUAUGCCUAUCGCCUUCGGUCCAAUGCCAGGUCCUCGUCAAAAUCAUCUCGGCCAUCCUCGCUCAGGAGAGCAGUCGACUUUCACGACAGCCAGCAUCCGCUUCAAGACAUCACGAACGGCUCUUCAGAAUCUCUUCCCGCCUGAUCGAAGUGGAUAUCGCUUUACAUCUCCUGGCACUAUGGCGUAUGCAUCCUUCUCGCAAACAACAUUGAACGGGAUGGAGUGGUUGGGUGGGAGCGGGUACAAUCAUUUGGGGUUGUACACCCAUGGAGUGGAAUAUACCAGUGCAAGUGGCAAGACAGUGCGUGGAACCUACCUGCCCAUCCUAUUCGAAAACCUCGCAGACCCUAUCGUAUCUGGACGGGAAGAACUGGGGAUGCCAAAGUUGUACUCCGGCAUCGACAUUUUUCAACGAGGCGAGGGUUCCUAUCACAUCCGCACUUCCUGGCAAGGUGCCGUCUGGGGCCACUUUCACCUCACCGGCCUCGAAUCUGUGGAUCCGCAGCAGACCGCCGGCAGCAUCGGCGGCGAAGCAGACGAUGGGAUCAUCGUGCACAGAUAUAUGCCAUCGGUAGGCAAAGAGAACAAGGGCGUCAAGUCAGAAGCGGAUUUUGCGUGCUUCGACCCUUUUGCAGAGGCUGAGCCGAAGCCCAGAGUGACGGCGGUGUGGACAGCGAGUCAGGCGAAGUUCGAGAUCAAUGGAUUGGACUGGAAGAGUUUGCCGACGCUAAAUCAUGUUGUGAGUCGAUUGGAGGAGUUGCCGGUGUAUGAAGUUGUGGGUGCGAAGGUUGUGGAGGGACUUGGUGUUCCUGAUGUUAGUGGUGCGAGGCCGGUUUGA